GUGAGGCUCAUCGCAGAGCUAUGAGAGUCACUGUCUUGACUCGGGAAUCUGCAGUCACGACUGUUCACCAUCAGUCGGAGAUUUUAGGAGUGGAUUUCAUGUUACAAGAGUUACAGGAGCUCGAACCCCUCGGCUUGGGCAAACAUCUGAAACAAAGGGCAGAGAACCUGACCAGAGGUGACCGUAAGUUUCUUAUGUGAUUAGAGUUGGUGGACAGUGUUAGUCGCCGGAGGUCGUCAUAUCAAGUUUAUUAUAGUUUACAUCACAGGUUCCAAACUUUGCAUCCUUGCUGCAUCCAGGCUUUCUCAAGUUGCCCUAUCUUAAAUUCUAACAAGUGCACUCAAAAAGAAAAAAAAAGAAAACAAUAACAAAGUAAAAAGGUAAUGAGACAACCCAUAAAAACAAAGUUUUUCGUAUAAAGCCUCGAUUCAAUGUCAUAUCGAGCAAUGAGGGACUGGGCUGACAAUUUGACAAAACAUGCAUACUACUAACCCACUUGAUAAGAAUCCAAAUUAGUUCUCCCCCCACCCAGGCUCACAACCGCACAUUUAAAAAAAAUUGUAUUACAAAAUGAAUUUUAUUUUAAAAACUUGGCCACCUCUGUGAGGAAGCUGAGUUUGGGAACCUCUGAUUUUAAAUGUAUGCUGUGUUUGUUUGUGCCACAUGAGGAUCUUUAUUAUUUUUUUUUUCUUUAAACAGAACUUUCCCCAAAGAAAGACUCCACUCAAUCAGAAACUUUGGCAGCUGUAAGCCCCCAAGAGCCCACUGGUUCUCAGUCAAAUACGUCUGACCCUAAUCAACAGAAAGAUGCAGAAAUACCUGGGGAGAGAAGGCCAUCACUAAUCAAAUCCAAUACCACCAGCAGGGCAUGUCUGCUAAUGUAAUUAGUAAUCUACCACCAGCAGGGGAUGUCUG